UUUAGAUUGACUGAGAGAUGUCAAUUAGAGAGCCCAACCACUCUGCCCAUUCUCCCCUCUUCCUCUUCCAGAGCUGGUUCACUUCCUAUAGGGACUGAAAACCAAGUGAGGAGAUGAAGGAUUGUGCUCUACAACAUGAGAAUACGGAGAGGAUAGACACCGCAGAUAGAUCCUGAUCAUCACCCAAAGUACAACUGCACUACUGUGGGAAGACAUCCAGUCUCUUCACAGCAUUGCUCAACACAGAGAAAGUUGAGCACUGAAACCAUUAUCUGGAAAUUGGUGGGUCAGGGGACUUUGACAUAUCAACAGUUCGGCUGUGGGUGAUCGGUCAGGGUGAGGCUGGGAAGAAGUGUGAGAGGCACCAAGGUGGUGAGAGCUUUAGUUAUUCAUGAACUACUGACUCAUUCCUUCAUGGGAGAGGCUGUUCAAGUGUGAGGAGGGUUCCAUGUAUGAUUCCCAAACACACAAGGUGCAUCUGUUGUCCAUCUUGUAACACGAGGGCAGCUUCAUGGAAGAGGAGCCAUUCAAAUGUGAGGUGUGUGACCGAAGUUUCACAAACUCAUCAACGCUUGUGAAACACCGGCGCAUUCACUCUGGGGAGAAGCCGUUCAAGUGUGAGGUGUGCAAGAAAUCCUUUUCACAGUCAUCUAAUCUCCAUACGCACCAACGUGUUCACACUCGGGAGAAACCGUUCACCUGCGAAGUGUGUGACAAAUCAUUCCCACAUUCAUCAACCCUCCGCCUUCACCAACGCAGCCAUACAGGAGAGAAACCAUUCACAUGCAAGGUUUGCAACAAAUCAUUCCUUAAGUCUUCAACCCUUCGUGAACACCAACGCAUCCACACUGGGGAGAAACCAUUCACAUGUGAGGCAUGUAACAAAUCAUUCUCACAGUCAUCAGCCCUCAGCAUACACAGACGCAUUCAUACUGGGGAGAAACCAUUCAUGUGUGAUGUGUGUGACAAAUCAUUUUCAGAUUCAUCAACUCUGCAUGUACACCAACGCGUUCACACUGGGGAGAAACCGUUCACGUGCGAAGUGUGCGACACAUCAUUUUCACAGUCAUCGACCCUCCGCUCACAUCGACGCACUCACACUGGGGAGAAACCAUUCACAUGCGAGGUGUGCAAGAAAUCAUUUCCCCUGCUGGUGUCCCUCCGCGCACAUCAACGUGUGCACACGGGAGAGAAACCGUUCAAAUGCUCUGAGUGUGACAAAGGCUUCACACGUUCCUCAGGCCUCCUGGUCCAUCAGAGGACCCACACGGGGGACAAACCCUUCAAAUGUGCAGUGUGUGAUAAAGCUUUUGCGAUAUCUACAAGUUUGCUGCUCCACGGGAGGAUCCACACGGGGGAGAAACCCUUCAGGUGUGAGGUUUGUCAAGUGGUUUUCAGCCAGCCCACUGAUCUCAUGCGGCAUCAGAGGAUUCAUACAGGGGAGAAACCCUUCAAGUGUGAAAUCUGUGACCAAAACUUCAGGCAAUCUUCAGCACUAGUGCGACACCGACGCAUUCACACAGGGGAGAAGCCUUUCACAUGUGAGGUGUGCGAUAAAUCUUUCUCCAGGUCAUCAGAUCUCCUCCGACACAAGAGGAUCCAUACAAUGGAGUAAUCAUUCUGGUGUAAGGUUUGUGCUAAAGGAAUCAUGAUGUUUGUGAACCUCCUGGGACAUUGGAUUCUUAUAGUGGAGAAGCUCUUUAGGUGUAAUGUUUGGGUCAAGGAUUUCACCCAUUUGUUAUGAUUCCAGCUCAUCCUAGAGUGAAUCAGACUCUGCUUUAGUUCAUGAUGUGAGUUGUGGACAGAUUCUGUUCAGUAAUGGGUGUUUGUUGAAUACUAUGGAGAAUAUUUGUACUCUUUGUCUGGAAGAAUGACUAUCUUGAGUAUGGGGAGAGAGUGGUUGUGAGUCUGUACAGAUCUGAGUUUCCUUAAUGUAAUAACUGUGAUAUGUUCACUUUACACUCUUCCAAGAUUCAUUUCAUGUUGUGGGAAAGAUCUUGGAUCAUUUUCAAGUGCUUUGUUAUUUUGUUUUGAUUCGAAGUUUCAUGUAAGCUGAAUGUUGUGCUGUCUCUGUUUUAACAAUCCUCUGUAUAGAUGUAUAAAUCUCAAUAAAUUCACUGUUUAGGUUAAACCAA